UUCCGGCUUCCUUCUUCCAGCGCAAAGGCUGAAGCAGGGGAGCCUUCUCAAACUACUCUCGCUGACAUCUCGGCCUUUCUGAGAUAGCGGAUAGGCGGCAGCUGCGCACCACUCGUCCCCGACUCUCCGGCCACGGACAGCGACCGCCGGAACCCGCACGAGCCUGCGCUAAAGGAAAAUGACGGCGCUGACGACCACCUCCGCCACCCUCUCCGCUUCGCUCCCUUCGGUUCCCAGGCCGCCGCCCCGUCCCCCUGUUGCCCACCUGCGCCUCCGCCCCCGCCGCCGCGCCCUGCUCCGCUGCGAAGCAGUGUCGGAGCUCGCCCCAGCCGCCUCCGCCGCCUACGGCGUGCUCCUCCUGGGCGGCGGCGUCUUCGCAUAUGCGAGGUCGGGGAGUAAAGGCUCAAUCUACGGAGGGCUGGCUGGAUCUGCACUCAUGGGCAUUGCCUAUUAUCUGAUGCAGACACCUGAGACAAAGGCAGCGGGUGAUGCUGUUGGAUUUGGAUCUGCCUUUCUCUUUGCCUGCGUGUUUGGUAUCAGGUUGUACAAUAGCCGUAAACUGGUGCCAUCUGGCCUUCUUCUAGCCCUUUCUCUUGGUGCCUUGGGUGUCUUUUACUCUGCUUACUUGCAAGACAAGGUCUAAACCAAUUUGGUUUAGUGACUUGAGGAUCCUGUACGUUCUGAAGCUUUCCUUUUUUUUUUUGAUAAAGAUUCUGAAGCUUCCUUGAAGGUUUGCUGGCUCUUUUAGACGUACAACAUUAAUUUGGACCUACUGUCGGUGCACCUUCCUUCGUGUACCCCUAAUAAAGAGCAUUUAGAGUUCUCUCUGAGUCA